AUGGCCCAUGAUGAUCCUGUGCAGCAAUUUAAAAAGGAACACCUAGAAGCAGUGCCAGGACCAGCACCUGAGGGUCCCUCCGACGGCCAGCACCCAGAGCUGCACCUUCCAAGGGAGGCGGCUGAGUGCCUCCCUCUGAGCGCGCGCCGUGCGCCCGGGUCACCCCUGUAUGCGCCCCUCUCCGCUCCCCAUUGCCGCCGCCAGGGUGGCUCCGUUCGGGCCGAGGGUACCCAGGGGGUUGUCGGCAAACGUCCGUGCGGGGAAGAGCCAGCGAGCUGGGCGGUGGCGGGUGGGAGCGUGUGCAGCGAGGCGCCCCCAGCCCCCUCUGCCGGCCGCUCUCCCUCGGUCUGGAUGUCAGCUGCGAGCUCCGAGCCAGCGAGAACGAGCCAGAGAGGGAGCGGCGGCGGGCGGCGGGCGGCGGGUGGCGGGCGGCGGGGAGGAGAGGAGGCGAGGCGAGGGAGGGAGGAAGGGAAGCAGGGAGGGCGGGAGGGAGGAGAGGAGGACCCAGAGAGCGCCAGGCAGCUGGAGUUUUUGCAGCGCUUGGCCGGGCUUCAAUGCACAGCAGCAGCGAGCCGCGGCGGCAGCAGGCAGCCCGGGAGCUCCGGCGGCGGCCGAGCCAGCGGCGGCCCCUCUCCCUGCCCCCUGCAAACUUUGCUAGCAGCCAGCCCGGGGGUCUGGGGGCGCGCCCGGGAGGCCCGGCUCGGCCAGCGGCCGAGCUCUCCGCCGCCGCAGCGCCAGCCGCCGUCGCCACCGCCGCAGCCCCGCGCCUCCCCAGGGAGCAGACGGCGGCUCCAGCGGCCCCCCAGCCCCGGCCCCUGGGCACUGCCCGGCGAGUCCCCCGGCAGGGGUGGGGGCUGCCGCGGCGUGGCCGGCCGCUGGCUACAGGGGGGCGGCCGCUGCUGCCCAGAGAGGCGCGCAGAGGCGCCGAGAGCGCUCCCCGGCGGGUCCCCCGUGCACUCGCCGCGCCGGGGCAGCGGCCCGACCGGGCAAGCAUGGGCGGCGCGGAGUGACGCCGCCGUGCCCGCUUGGCAUCAAGGACAUUUAGCCCGCGGGGGUGGGGACGAAGGGGGGCAGCCCCGCGUCGCCACCGCAGCCCCCGAGAGCAGCCGCCGCAGCUGCUCGGGCUCCGGGGCUGGGUGGAGGAAAGGGGUGUUCCGAAUCGAUCCCCAUUUUCCGACCUUUUUGUUGGACAUUACGCCCACCUUGGACGCCGCAAGAGGAGCUGUCAAGCACCGCAGGCUCUGAUUCAGCGCCCUCCGCGUUUCCCGGCUGCUCGCCGUUUCCCUGUGCCUCGGUGGAGUAUUUGCGUUCGGUGCUGGGGCUGGAGGAGGCAGCCACACGCGCGCACACGCACACGUUCAGAGGAGGGCGAGAGGCAGCGGCACGGGCUCCAUCUGCAGUGUCAAUGCGGCGCUCCCGCUGAAUGAGGGAAACGCGGCGCGUCCAGGUUGAGAGGGACCGUUGCUUGCUUCUUGAAUACCCAGUGCCCAACUCAGAGCCUAUCUUACUGGAAGCAAUUGAUGAAUAUUUGCUGUAAAAAUAGAUGGAAUAAAUGGAACAGGACAAGGUGAAGAAGAAUGACCUUAAAAAUGUCAAGACUGGGGAAGUGUGAACCAGGCUACCAUGGUGGGUUCCUGCUCUCCAGCAGCAACAGAGUAGGGAUCACAUCAAGUCGGGCUGGCUGGCCAUUCCAGAGGAUUCAGGUGAACCUGGAUGAGUGCAGGCCGAACCCCUCAGUCACCCUCCAGCGUCUCCUGGGUCACAGUGGUCGGGGACAGCCAUACUGCUUGAAUAAGAGGCUUCCAUAUAACUGACAAACGUAAAUGUUCUUUAUCAAAUUAACAAAGGAAGCCUGAGUUAUUAAGACACACCUCCCUAAACUUUGGAUGGUUGAAACAAAUUUUCUCUUCGGAAGAGAACACUUUGCCACCAUUGGAUAGUGACCAGAGUAAAGUCAGGCAUUUCCCGUGGGAAGCAUUUUCACUGCAUUCAUCUUACAUAGGAAGAGUCAUGCAGAAGGGGCAUCUGGGUCUGAGAGUGUCAUGUGGUUUGUUUUCCUGCUCGGACCGUAUUUGAUUCUCCAUCCUGGAGGAUUCGCACAGAAAAACAACAAAGAGAACACUUCAAGGAAGCUGCAAGACUGUCGUGUUGCAGUGAUAAUUGUGGUGUAAUAGGAGAUCAUUUAUGUAAGUUAUGGUGCCCUCUGAAUGGAGCUUGUUGGAAAUGUGGCUAUGGCUUCUCCAGGCCUAUUUUUGUUUCCUUCUGCAAAAUAAUCCUGAGGUUUUCAUUUUCAGAGCAAUUGAAGAAGUAUUAUGUGCUGGCCAGGGAAUAGAGAGCCCGAGCUUCUAAUCCUAGGUCUGCUGAAUGUCUUUCAGUGAGUUCCCCCUCUGGGCUAGGCCUCAAUUUCUCCUCUUUAAAGCCAGGAAUAAGCCCUUGCUGUUUCCCACCUGCAGCCCAGGAGGUGAGGAUGAAUGUGGCCGUGCAUAUUGAAGGGCUGGGUGAGCAUCAGAAGAAGGAGUCUAUUUACACACAAGGUCAAAGAAAAUCAAGACAAAGAGAAUGAAAACUGAGCUCAGGCCUCUAGUCACACCUUUGCCGGCUCCGGUGGGUUUGCUGAUAUGGUGAGGCGGUGCAAGUGAUAAAAGCCACUUGCAGAGGAUCAGAAGGGAGAAUGCAGUAGGGAUGGCAGGAGACAGUGGCAGGGGACGGUCAGUGCAGGAGUCCAGAGGCCCCGAUCCUGGUAGUAGUAGGUUCAGUUGGGGACUGCAGAAAAGGGUUUAUAACAUCCCUCAAUGCCCACCUUUCACCGAGCUCCAUACAUGUAUAUUUGCAUAUUUUAGUAAGAGAGGUUGCUAUAAUGUUAUGAAAUAUGUGAUCAAUUAAUUGAUCAAUCAAUCAGUCAAUUCAUUCAAUAUUUAUUGAGUGCCUACUAUGAGCUAGGCACUAUGUGAGAGUUUGUGCAGAGAUGAAAGAUCUACUUCCACCAUUAGGGAGCUCAUGGCUUAGUAUGGCCACAGCAUAUGUGGGAAUAGGGAAUUUACAUGCAGUGUGGCAGGAAGUGAGAUUGGGGCAUGAAGGAGGGGCUCUGGGAAUAGGUAGAGGGAUACACAUCCAGUUAUGAAAAGCAGGACAUGAAGAAGGCCUCCUGGAGAAGGAGGAUGAGGAGCAAGAAGAGGGGGAGGAGGAGGAGGAGGAUGAAGAGGAGGAAGAGGGGCAUCCAAUUGAGUUUUAGAGCAUUGUUUGAAAGGAUCCCUCAGGUUGAAUUUGUGAGCUCAUAAGCAGAGGUCCCACGUGGAGGAAGCAGCAUGGAGAGGUGAGAGCACAGCCCUCAGGGUCUUCAGGAGAUCCAGGCAAAGAUGGGAAGUGGGGCAAGGGGCGACACGGCAGAGGCUGCACCAGGACCAUUGUCAGUGUCUGACUAAGGGAUUUAUCCAUCAGGCCUUGGGGAAUAUCCAAAGAAGAGAAUCAAUAAGACCAGAUUUGUACUGUAGCAAGGUUCGGUGGUGAACAAUUGGAAGGGAGGCUACUGCAGUAAAUCAGAGCAUCCUGGACCAGGGCUGAUCAACGGUGAUGGCAAAGGAGAGAAAGGGGCUGAUCUGAGAAGUACAUCAUAGGAGUUGGCGUUGACAGAUGGUAGAUAUGGUGGUGAAGGUGGUGGGCAGCAAAGAACAGGGAUUGGGGCCGUCCUGCAGGUGUUCCAUCUGGGCAGCUUGCCCAGAGGUGAUGCCAUUGGUGGAGCUGAAGAAUUCUGGGCUGGGACAGGUUACUGGGGGAGAGGUAGGGUAGGAGUGCUGCAGUCUUUUCUGGACAAGAUGAAUUGAGGCACAUGUGGAUUUGCAGGUGGAGGUGACCUGGAGGCCGACAGAUACAAGGCUCUUGUGUCUCUGGCAGCUUCAUCUUCAUGCUUACCUAAUGCUGUUUACUUCUGGUCCCAGUUGUAGACUUAGAAGUUCCUUUUGGGAUCUGGCAGAAACUUGACAAAGAAGCAAGAAGAUCCACAUAGAGAUUCUUACAUUUUUCACGUGGUUCGUGUUUUGAUGUCAGCAUACUGCCUUGGACAGUGUACUUGAAAUCGUUCUGAACGCAUCCUGGGUAUUCACCUUCCCUUAGGAGAGUCCCACUACUUUCCAGUGGAAAAAGACCGGUCCUGGGAGGUCCAGUAGCACUCAGAGUGCUAUGGAGCACGCCUGGGCUCUGUUCUGCUUGUUCCCUUCCUCGGUGCGUGUCUCCAACUUCAGCGAGCACAUGCUCAAGACAGUGUGGUCUAGGGAAAUGAGCUCCACCGUGAACUAAGAGAUUAAUGAUUAAAAUACUGACCUUGCCCAUUAGGAAUAACGUCUUGUUGGUCUAAUCCUACAUUCUGGGAGAUAGGACAAUCAAGGCCUGCAGGUAGGACCUGGCUGCUAGAUAGGGUUGGCUUGGUUCAGGAGCGCCAAGGAAUGUCAACGAAAAAUUUUUAUGAUUGGAAUGCCUUUAGGUGGGAACCUCCAGGUUCCACCCCCUGUUAUAUCUUUGCCUCACACAUCUGUGAUGAAGGUAUUUUUAAAAUACCAGACACAGCUUAGGGCCUAGUAAACACUCAAGCAGUAUCUGUUCUCUCUCUUUCCAAUACGUGGGGGAAAAAAUGAAAGGGUUAGCAUACUAGUGACAGGUGCUUUGACUUCUACAGGGGAGCUUUAUAACCUAGUGGUCUUCAUUUGUUUCAGGAGGUGUAGACAGGGGCUCCUGUGUUCCAUUACAGUGUUCAUACCAUAGAAACUGCAGAUAACAGGCCAUUAGUUUGAACAGAGUGCUAGAGAGAUAUAUUCACUUCCUUCAAGUCUACCAGAUGCUUUCAAACCUCUGUGCUGCUGUGGAAGGUAGUGAGACUUGUGGGUGUGGAGAGGCCCUAGACAGUGCUGGGCUUCCGACUAGCCCCAGCAUCCUUUAGACCACUUCUUCAAGACUGAGGGACCCAGGGAGUUCAGGCCCGAAGUGUCUUUAGCUGCAAAAUUGCAGUACAACGUCAAGUGAAACGAUGGAUCCACUUCUCUGAAUUGCUUCUGGGCAUCUCAGAGCUGCUAAUAAAAUUGGCUUGUACUUUGGGCUGUCUUCUGGGGAGAAACGGGGAGCGGGGCAAGUGCUUUUGAGCUCUAACCUUUCAAAAACCCCACAGACAUGGCAGGAUUUCUGUUCAUUCCUCCUCAUGUCUCUUUUCCCAGCCCUUGUACAUUUCAUCAACUGCUCUCAGCAUGUUAUAUAUUUAUGGAGCUGCACUUUUGGUCUCAGGGAAUUCAGCAGUUUUUCCCAGCUUAUCUGGUGGCACAGUGUUUCCUUACUAGGGGGCAGAGGGCAGGGCCUGGGACUCUAAGAAGAGAAGUAACCUAACCGCAGUGAUCUGUGGUCGGGACUGGAAUAGAGCAGUUGACGCCUCCUGGGGGUGUCCUCGUUACAUCCCCUCACCAUGCCCCUGUCCA